AUGGUUAAUGCAGGAAGCAUGAAUGGUUCUGGAAAUCUGAUGGAUUUUUUAGACGAACCUUUUCCUGAUGUUGGCACUUAUGAAGAUUUUCAUACCAUUGAUUGGUUAAGGGAGAAAUCUCGGGAUACAGACAGACAUAGGAAGAUUACAAAUAAAAGCAAGGAGUCCAUAUGGGAAUUCAUCAAAAGUUUAUUGGAUGCUUGGUCAGGAUGGGUUGUUAUGUUACUUAUAGGAUUGCUGGCAGGCACAUUGGCUGGAGUGAUAGAUUUAGCAGUGGACUGGAUGACUGAUUUGAAAGAAGGAGUCUGUUUAGAAGCCUUUUGGUAUAGUCAUGAGCAGUGUUGCUGGACAUCCAAUGAAACUACUUUUGAAGACCGGGACAAAUGUCCUCAGUGGCAAAAGUGGUCUGAACUUUUAGUUAAUGAAUCUGAGGGUGCCAGUGCUUACAUUCUAAAUUACUUCCUAUAUAUCUUAUGGGCAUUGUUAUUUGUUUUCCUGGCUGUCUCCCUUGUGAGGGUGUUUGCUCCUUAUGCCUGUGGAUCUGGAAUUCCAGAGAUAAAGACCAUCUUAAGUGGCUUCAUUAUUCGAGGAUACCUAGGCAAGUGGACGCUCUUAAUCAAAACUGUAACUUUAGUUCUGGUGGUAUCCUCAGGACUCAGUCUUGGCAAAGAAGGGCCUCUCGUGCAUGUAGCCUGCUGCUGUGGCAAUUGCUUUAGCAGCCUCUUCUCCAAGUAUAGCAAGAAUGAAGGAAAAAGGAGAGAGGUGCUGUCAGCUGCAGCUGCUGCUGGUGUCUCUGUUGCCUUUGGCGCACCCAUUGGGGGGGUCCUUUUUAGUUUAGAAGAGGUGAGUUAUUAUUUUCCCUUGAAGACUCUCUGGAGAUCUUUCUUUGCUGCACUUGUGGCAGCCUUUACCCUGAGAUCCAUCAACCCAUUUGGAAACAGCCGCUUGGUUCUCUUUUAUGUGGAAUAUCACACCCCUUGGUACAUGGCUGAACUUUUCCCUUUUAUAUUGCUUGGAGUUUUUGGAGGAUUGUGGGGGACACUUUUUAUUCGAUGCAACAUUGCAUGGUGCAGGAGGCGUAAAACUACCAGGCUAGGAAAGUAUCCAGUCUUAGAGGUCAUCGCAGUCACUGCCAUAACUGCUAUUAUUGCCUAUCCCAAUCCUUACACACGAAGGAGCACCAGUGAGCUCAUCUCUGAACUUUUCAAUGACUGUGGAGCCUUGGAGUCGUCGCAACUCUGUGACUACAUAAACGAUCCUAACAUGACUAGACCCGUGGAUGAUAUUCCCGACAGACCAGCUGGUGCAGGAGUAUACAUGGCUAUGUGGCAGCUAGCUCUAGCUCUGGUUUUUAAAAUCAUCAUUACCAUAUUCACUUUUGGCAUGAAGAUUCCUUCAGGUCUCUUUAUACCCAGCAUGGCUGUAGGAGCAAUAGCUGGUAGAAUUGUUGGAAUCGGUGUGGAACAGUUGGCCUACCAUCAUCACGACUGGAUCAUCUUCAGAAACUGGUGUAGACCAGGAGCUGAUUGUGUUACUCCAGGACUAUAUGCAAUGGUGGGAGCUGCUGCGUGCUUAGGUGGAGUUACCAGAAUGACUGUCUCGCUUGUCGUAAUCAUGUUUGAAUUAACAGGAGGACUAGAGUAUAUUGUGCCUCUUAUGGCUGCAGCUGUGACUAGCAAGUGGGUUGCGGAUGCUUUUGGCAAAGAAGGGAUCUAUGAGGCACAUAUCCAUUUGAAUGGCUAUCCAUUUCUGGAUGUAAAAGAUGAAUUUACCCACAGAACACUGGCUACGGAUGUUAUGAGGCCCAGGCGUGGAGAACCUCCCCUUUCUGUCUUGACCCAAGACAGCAUGACUGUGGAAGAUGUGGAGACAUUAAUCAAGGAAACAGACUACAAUGGCUUUCCAGUGGUGGUUUCUAAAGAGCGUCUUAUUGGCUUUGCACAGAGACGGGACUUGAUUCUUGCAAUAAAAAAUGCAAGGCAGCGCCAAGAUGGUGUAGUAAGCAAUUCAAUUGUAUAUUUUACUGAAGAGCCUCCAGAGGUCCCUGCCAAUAGCCCUUAUAUGCUGAAACUCCGGCGUAUUUUGAAUCUAAGCCCCUUCACUGUCACGGACCACACACCAAUGGAAACAGUGGUAGACAUUUUCCGAAAACUUGGACUCAGGCAGUGUCUUGUCACACGCAGUGGGAGGCUCCUGGGCAUUAUCACUAAAAAGGACGUGUUAAGGCAUAUGGCUCAAAUGGCAAAUCAAGAUCCCGAAUCCAUCAUGUUUAAUUAGGCUGUUCCCAGCAGAGAGGCCCAAAACUUAAAGAAAAGAUUCUUACUGAACUGAUUGAAAGGAGUUUGAAUAAGCUGUUCAUUUUUUGUUAAAAUAAAUUUUAAAUUAAUUGAACUUUGUUAAGGGUAGAACCCAGGGAAAAUUAUAGCAAACUGAACAUUUGAGUUAUGUUGGUAAAGGUAUUUGAAAAGUCCAUUCAGCUAUGGGCUAUUUUUCCUGGGAACAUGUUUCUCUUGUCAUAAAUACAGUCCUUACUAUGGCAUAUUUUUUGCCUUGUCCUGCCUACUAUAUCCCAUUCAUAAAAAUACAUUUUCCUCAUGAUUUGAUGAGAACAGAAAUACCAUCUUUACAAAAAUUGGGAGCAGAAAGAAGCCAUAUCAUCUUCAUAAAAGAUAUUAAAAACAGCAAGCAUAUGUAUGCCUACAGUAUAAUCAAGAAUGCCAAAUGUUUUCAUUGUACAUGCCCUAUUUCUUAUAUCUUAAAUUUCUAUUUGGGUUCACAAAUUAGGUUAUUUUCUAAAGCUGCAUACUUUUGUGAAGAAUGUUCUUGCUUUUGCCAUUUUUGCAAAAUUCAUAGAUAUUGUAGAAGUAAAGGGUACUUCAGUUAACUUUUAGUGCUAUUGUUUAGUCUGAGUUAUUCUGUUUACUUGUAAUAGAAUGAAAUAACCUGCAAAUUAUGUCCUUUUUUAUGAUGAAUUGUUUUCUUACUGUGUUCCCAUAUAUGAGCAUGAUGUCAGGUAGAGCACAAAAGGUUAUAUAUUUUCCAGGAUAACUGACAUUAAAUUGCAAUUCUGGCCACAAAUUUUUGUUAAAAAGUAUUUUGAAUAAUAAGCUUCAGUAUUCCUA